AAUUCCAUUAUGUUCAUUUCAAGUCCAUGUUGACCUUACCAAUGACCACGUCUUCACGUUUUGAAUAUGACGAUACAACUACCUUGACUACAUUCAACCUAUGUGAUACUGAUAUGGACAAAGACGAUGACGGAGGUGUCUUAUCCAAGUUUAUCUCCAAAUUUAAGACAGCCGUCUCUGGACCUCCACAACAAUUACAACAUACAAAUUUACCUUCCAAACAUCAAUAUAUUAGUGACGAAAAGUUAGUUCGAUCUGUCUCUACUUCUGACUAUGGCGUUUACUCUGCACAAAAAACAACAACAGCAACCCCGACUGCGUUUGACAACUACGACAAUAACCCUUCAUCUGAUACCUUUCAAUUAUUAGGCGAGAAACAACUUCCACCUCUACAAGCAGCAACAAAAGCAGCAACAACAACAAAAGCAACAACUACUACUGUAGGAUAUGAUACUUUUAUUCCUGAACAAGAUGUACCAUUAGUUAGAACGUCUUCUGGUGAUAGUGACAAUCAAUCAGUCAUGACUAACUUCUCCGUAUCAAAUUCAAACUCUCUCAGUCGUAUCAUUGCUAGACUUCGCGGCGAAGCUCCAAAUAGGGAAUACUGGAUGCCUGAUGAAAAUUGUAAGGAAUGCUUCGAAUGUGGUGCUCAUUUCAAUUUUUUUAGACGAAAACAUCAUUGUCGUGUUUGUGGUCAAAUCUUUUGUGGUAAAUGUGCUUCUCAUAUUAUCCAAGGUGAACGAAUUAGUCAACUGGGUCCACUACGUGUAUGCAAUUUUUGUUUCUCAAAAGUUGAAAGACAAGAAGAAGUCGCUUCUAUUCAUGAAACUUAUCUUCACUCAAGCAAUCGUACUUCUCUCGACAUGGACAUACCUCCUGCUCCUUCUCCUAUUGUUCCUGAUCAAAGACCUCUCUCUAUUGUGCCCAAUAUGCAAAUUCCAACUACUUCGUUAAGGCAACAUUCUGAUUACGGUGAUAGUUCUUCAACCACUCUAGCUCUUGAAAUACCUACAAGACCUAUGACACCACGUCCAAGUACCUCAUUCACUUCUAUUCACAAUCAUGAUAUUCAAUACGACAACAACAACAAUAGUACCAACACUGGUGGAUUCAAAAAACUGCUGGUGGCAACAAACACAAUGCUACGACCACGUUCUAGAACAAAUACAAUGACUUCACUUAUGCUGGAUACCAACCUCAGUGGUAAUAUAGACGGACGAUCAUCAUCACAUUCUCCUAUGCCUUUUCGACGGAAUUCAAUGUCACUUGGUUCUCCUCUUACUGCUUUUCCUGAUGGGGCUGGUGGAACGGUACUUCCUGUUGGCGGUGAAUUCAACACAUAUGAUGAUAACGAAGAUGAUGAUGUACGGAAAUGGGAUCGGAAUCCACGAAAUGUCCUCAACUUUCUUGGUGGCUCAAAUACUAGCAAUGGAAAUGAACGACCUACUUCGAUGAUUCUUACAAAUCCUUCUCAUAUGGCUGCUUUGGAAGCAAUGAUGGCAUCUGGAAAUGAGGAUGAAUGGCAAGAUCAAAAGACAAGGGCAAAAUUACGAUCUAACAGCGUACGACGAAGACUCAGCAUGACGGGAGGUGGUGGACGACCUAGUGGUAACGUAUCCAAGAUUAUCACAUCAGGACCUACAGCAACAACAGAAUCAUCAUCUACAUCAUCAUCAUUAUCAGCUGCCAAUACUGCAAUCUCCGUACUAACUCCUGCAAAACCUACCACAUUAUCAUCAUCUUCUUCUUCUGGUUUAUUACCAACAACUUCACAAACUUUAUCAAAUGAUAAUAUGACAAAUGACGAUGGAAAUGGAAUAAAUCAACAACGGCAAAUAGAACAGCUCAACAACAACAACAACAAUAGCUCAUGUGGACCCACUCCCUCACUACCUUUAUUAUUAAAACAUCGUCGAUUCUCUUCUACACCUUGCUCUGUGAAAUACAAUACCGACUCUAUUGUUUAUAUGCGAAAAAUGGUGCGACAAAUGCUCAAGGAAGCCAAUGAUAUCACUUUUUAUCGUGAUGAAUGGGAUGAUGUUUUGGUGGAUUUAUUACUCAAGCUCUCGGAUAGUGUUCAUCCUGAUGUUCAAGGUGGCGAUGAAAUUGAUGUGCGUCAUUAUGUCAAAAUCAAAACUAUUGCUGGUGGCCAACCGAAGGAUAGCUUAUUUGUGAAUGGUGUCGUUUGCUCCAAAAAUGUUGCUCACAAGGAAAUGGCAAGGACAAUUGAAAAACCCAAGAUUCUGAUUCUUUUAUUUCCCUUGGAAUGGUCCCGUGAUUUCUCAUCCAAAGGUGAAUAUCAGUUUCAAUCUAUUGCUCCUGUACUGGCUCAAGAAAAGGAAUUCCUUGAAAAACUUGUGAAUCGUAUUGUUGCCUUGGAACCUACUAUUGUUCUUGUGCAUGCCAAUGUAUCAAGACUGGCUCUGGAUUUUCUACGCAAGGCUAAUAUUGUGGUUGUCUUCAAUGUCAAACUUAGUGUACUGGAUGCAGUGUCCCGUUGUACUGGUGCAAGUAUGGUCUCCUCCUUCUUACAACUAUCAAAGGAAAACUUGAUACUUGGUGAAUGUGGCAUCUUUGAGCUUUUAACUGUGGUACAUGAAUGGAUUCCCAAUCGGCGCAAGACGUUUUUAUUAUUUCACAAAUGCCCUCCAGAACUUGGCGCGACAAUCAUCUUACGUGGAGGAAAUACGGACUCAUUACGGGUGGUUAAACAUAUUUUGGACUUUAUGGUAUUUGUUGUUCACAAUUUACGACUGGAAACUUCAUUAUCGCACGACUUUUCGACAAUGCGCAACGUCUCUUCCUCUUCUUUUUUUUCAGACUCUGAUGGUGAUAUUCAAUAUCAAACUUGUACUAGAUCACAGGACAAUGACAAUGACGAUGGCAAAAACAACAAUGAUGACAAUGAUGAUGAAAAUUGUGACAGUCUCAAAUCAACACCAUUAUCUCAAGAUCAACUUGUCAACCACUUGGCUAUUCAAUCGAGUUCAACCUUUACGACCGAUACGAAAAGUACUGGGAAGAAAUUAUUGACUGAUGAUCCAUGUCUUCGUUUAGUGAAUCAAGCAAUCAAGCACUAUGAACAAACUAUUGUCUCUGCCUCACCAUCUGUCGUCUUUCCUCCUCCUUACUUACUACUGCGACUCAGGGAAACACAAAUGAAAUUGAUAUCACUUAUUCGUACCUAUCUCAAUUCAAUUCGACCAACAGAACCAACAAAUGUGAUAGAUGAUGCCAACAAUAAUGAAUAUGAACAACUGAUGGAAGAGCACAAUCAACGAUGGAGAACUCUGGAUGCCUGUCUGGGCGAUAUGGUGAAUCUAUCUCCUCUUUUUUAUCAACAAUUUGUGGUACUUUAUACUAUUGUAUGUAUUGUGACGGCCGUUCCGUGUCAGGAUCCCCAAACCAGGCGAAUUGACUAUUAUCGUAUACCUUCUGAUUUGACUCUUGGACAAUAUGUGGAAGAUAUGGUGAGCUGUAUUGAUUAUCCUUGUUCCUCGAAUCUAUGUGAACGAAGUAUGUUACAACAUUAUCGAUCCUAUGCUCAUGGAAAUGCUCGUGUUACUGUCCAGGUGGAAAAACUUGAAGGGGUGCAACCAGUCGCUAUAUCCAAUGACGUUUAUACCUGGAGCUAUUGUCGUCAUUGUUCUGGCCAUACAAAAAUGACACCCAUGUCAGACAAUGCGUGGAAAUAUUCUUUUGGAAAAUUCUUGGAACUUUUAUUUUAUCAAUCUGGUUCGAAAACUCAACAGGACUGUGGUGGAUCAAAACAUACAACGUCAACCUUUUGUACGCAUGUAUUAUACCGUGAUCAUGUCCAUUUCUUCGCUAUUCAAGGUCUUGCUGUCCGUAUCCAAUAUGAAACCAUUCAACCUUUGGAAGUAUAUGUACCGCCUAUGCAUUUAUAUGUCAAUCCCAGGAUAUUAUCGACAGCCAAGGAUGAUGCUCAUGAAUCUAUUCGUAGCCAGAUCACAAGAUUUUAUGACUCGGUGGUGGAAAGAAAUAAAAACUUCAAUUACGAUUUGGUGAUGCCAUCAGCUGUGGAUGUUUGCAAAGAACUACUACAAGAAAUGUCUGGUCGUGCUCUUGGUGAAAAGAAAAGUUUCCUCCAAUACCUGCAAUCAGUUUACGCAACAACAGAUUCAACUGAUGCCUUACAACUCAACAUUGUUCGUGCUCAUCUACAAAUGAAUGUAUUACAAUGGGAAGCUGAAUAUAUGGAACUAGUACGACAAUAUGUGAAACCUGAACGUGAACUACGACGACGAUUGACGACAACACAUCUCCGGAAAAUUUUGUCUACUGGUGAUACUACUGGUUUUGCUCAUACUCAAAUGACAAAUGUGGAUUUACGUACAAAACGUGCAACUGAAUCGGUGGAUCUACCUCUACUUGAUGUUGGAUUGGAUGGUUAUCCUGAAGAUGUGGAUGUUGGACUCAACGGUAUGACCUAUUGCAUAUCAAACAGCAAUACAUCAAAUACGGCGUUAUCACAACAACCUCGUUUGGGAGAAUCACCUACUUCGAUAUCACCUUGGCUAGAAGAAGAAAGACGGUUGGACUAUAUUUUGGAACAAAUGGAUGCAGAUUAUCUUCAACAACAGGGAAUGCUUUCAAAUUCCACACCUUCGUCAAUGCUACAGCAGUUCACACCAAUCGAAUAUGAUGACAAAAGCACGAAUAUACUGGAUUCAGAUGUUGCUAGACGAUUAUCUUUGGAACUGAUGCAUACUUCUAGUGAUCGAGACAGCGAUGCCAUGAUGGAUGAAGAUAGUAUACGAACAAAAGCAAUAUCAAAGGCAAAGACAAGAUCGACCUCAAACAAUCAUCGUUAUAAAGCCAUAUCCUAUCGUCAAUUGAAUGCUCAUAUUUUAUCCGAAGCGACUAUUCUACGAUCAAAAAGCUCUCCUUCAUCUCCCUCUACUGUACUUGAUCAACAUUUAUCUCGUAUUCCACAACGUACAUCAGCAGAAAGGCGUAAACAAAAUUUGGACUCGACUUCAUCAUCUCGGCAAUCUAGUCAUGGGAAUCGAAAGCGACGUAUUGCAACGAAAUCGUCAGCAGCAGUACCUGUAGAUAGCAAUCAUAAUGACGAAACUUCACCUGGAAAAAAAGAUAUUCCUCUCAAUGGAUACCGGUAUGGAUACAAAGGAUCAACGGAACGAUUGCAACAAACAAGCGGUACAUAUGUUCGACCUAGGGCAUCUGCAAGCGCAAGUCGGAUAUAUGCUCAUCAUCAACAUCACCAUCAAGUACCAGGUGGGACAUCAACAACUUCGACAAAAUUACCCAAGCCUCAGACCAAUAUCAGCUAUACAUUACCACCACCUCCUGGGAAAUUGACCAUGACUUGUAGUAUACCAAGAUCAUCAGGGGCAACCACAACAUCUUCUUCUUCUUCCUCAUCUACUUCAAUCCUUCGAACAACCGCUACAAAUACAAGAUCGGUACGUCAACGAUUGGAAAGCAAAUCAUCUAUUGAAGUCUACACUACAGUGCGUGAAUUGGUGCGUGAAGAAUCUGAUGAAGAAUUCCAAGCAACAGAUGUCGAUGAAUCAGAUUCUGACGAGGAAGAAGUGGAUGAACAGCAGCAACGACAGGAUGGGAAUAAAGGAACAACAAGAAGAAAUAAUAUCAUCACAACUGCGGCUAUGGAAAAUGACAACAAUGACUCAGCUUUGGAAGGAAAUGAAGAUGAUGGUGAUGACAAUAGUACUGAUUUUGAAAUGGAUGAUAAUGAAUGGCAAUUUCACGACAGUCGACGUAUCUUCUCUUUGACACAAACGGAUGAAUAUGAUGAAUCACUUUGUCGAGACAAUACAAACUCGUUGCUUGGAAAUACGGUUCAGCUUUAUUUGCCACAAGAAGACCAACAAGAAAUAUCUGGAAAAGGACAAAAACGGUAUCAUCAUCAUGAUCAUCAUCAUUCUAGGAACCGAUAUCAUCCAUCAGGUAGAAGGACACAAUCGGCAGCUUUACCUCAUCUUACAUUUGAUCCUGAAGAUAACCUGGACGAUACUGACAACUUGGCAAACUUACAGCAACAACCUACAAAUCAUUACCAUACGAUAUCUGCAUUUUCUGAUACUCGAAAUGGGUCGAUUCAUCUUUCAACAUCAAGAAUAUCAACGACGUCCAGCAAUCCAUUGGUAUACGAUUCUCCAAGUAUCGACAUUUCUUCAAAUGUCAUGGAACGAAAUUCAAUUGUAAAGGCGAUCGCAAAUAUAUUGGCUGAAAGAGGAGUUGGGAAUCUUUUACCAUUAGAAUACCCAUUAUCACCAUUAGAACAUGUCUUUCCGAAAUCAAUUAUUGUAGUACGUGAAGAUGAACCUAGUACAAUUGUGGCAGCUGCAUUAUCAUCGGAUGAUUAUAUCGGACGACUCUUUGAAAUUAGAGAACAGUACAUGAUGGACAAUAAUACGACUGAAGAAACCAAUAAUGAAAAACUGGCCACAGGUAUCGACACAUCUACUUCUGGGAUUACAUCUUCCGAUCUAUCUAUUGAACGAACUUUACGAUCGAAAUCUGGCAUUCAUAUGAAGUCUUAUUUCACGGAUGGAACAACAAAAUUCUUUUGCAAGAUCUUUUUUGCUGAACAAUUCGAUGCCUUACGAAGAAACUGUGGUUGUGAAGAAAGUUUUAUUGCAUCUUUGGCGCAAUGUGCAAAAUGGGAUUCAUCUGGUGGCAAAUCUGGUUCCACAUUUUUGAAAACAAAAGAUGGUCGGUUCUUGUUAAAACAGAUUUCAAGAUAUGAAAUGGAUGCAUUUUCGAACUUCGCUCCUUCCUAUUUCCAGUAUAUGUCUGAAGCCUUUUUCCAUGAACUACCCACUGUACUCUGUAAGAUUUUUGGAUUAUAUCGUGUUGGGUACAAGAAUAUGACCACAGGACGAUCCAUUAGAAUGGAUAUCUUGGUGAUGGAAAACUUGUUUUAUGAUCGUUGUGUUCAAAAGAUCUUUGAUUUGAAAGGAUCUAUGCGAAAUCGACAUGUUCAAGUGACAGGCAAAGAAAAUGAAGUUCUUUUAGAUGAAAACAUGGUAGAAUAUUUGUUUCAAUCACCUUUGUUUUUAUAUUCCCAUUCAAAACAAAUGCUUCGUGAAUCUCUACACAAUGAUACUCUAUUCUUAUCUCGUUUGGAUGUAAUGGAUUAUUCGUUAUUGGUGGGUAUUGAUGAAGAAAAACAAGAACUCGUAGUUGGUAUAGUUGAUUUUAUUCGUACAUUUACGUGGGAUAAGAAAUUGGAAAGUUGGGUCAAAGAUUCAGGCAUUUUCGGUGGUGGAGGCAAGGAACCAACCAUCAUCUCACCUCGACAGUAUAGAAUUCGGUUCCGGGAAGCUAUGGAUCGUUAUUUUUUGAUGGUACCUGAUUUUUGGACGACUAUCAAUAUUUGAUUAUUAUUAUUAUUAUUUUGGUUCUUCUUUCUAUAACAAACUGAUUCUACGAUUUCUCAUUGUUAAUCUUACUAUUAUUAGUUGUUACUAUUACUUAUCCUCCUCGUAUUAGAAAUACCUUGAC